CAAGCUAAUUUGGGCUUGCAGAAAUCGCGUGACCCGACAUCCCACGUCUGUUCAGCGCCAAAUAUGACUUGUAUGGUGGAUGGACUUCAGACCAUCCAAGCUUUCGAGGUGAAAACCGCCCCCUCCACUUCGCCAACCUCUCCAAGCUCUCCUAUCACCCUCAGCAGCGGUGGGCCGAUUGACAAGGAGGCGCUGCUGGAGCUGCAACAGGUCUUCCUGGAGACCUUCGCCUUGCCCAGCUUUCAACGCAAGCUGCGGGAGACGUCCACCGCGACGGGAUCCGAUGUCUCUCUCUGGGAGUUGUUGGAGGAGAGUGAAGUGCAGAGGCUCGAGAAGUAUGGCAUGGAGGCUUCACUCCUUGAGUUGAAGGAGCUCUCGAAUCUGUGGAAGGACUUUGAGACAGAUGCAGAGGUCUACGUCAACCAGAUGGCCAUCGAGGAGUCUUUGGGCCUGUCUCAGGUGGCUCCUGCCGAAGUGGAGGAACGGCCAUUGGAUCGUGGAUCCAGCACGCCGCUCAGCAAGCAGAGUGUCAAGAGGCUUUUGAAGAGCUUGCUGAGGAGCUUCAGCGAACCCGACUUCCAAGAGGCCAUCGAAAAGCUCAAGCAGACAGCCGACGCUUCGUCCCAUCUGUGCCGCGACCAGGGCUACUAUCAGCUUCCUGGGCGUGCAGCAAUGGCCUUCGCGGUGCAAGAACAACUCUUGCCCUGCUUUGGCCUGCCGGGCUCACGGCAGGGUGUCCAGCAGAUGAUCGCCCGUUGCGCGUGCUUUUUGGAGGACGAGGAGGUGGUGCAAUUGAUGGACUCCGUCAACAUGAAGCUGGGCAUGUCCCCCAGCGCCGCUGUGCGCUUCCGCACCCUGGCCAUGGAGCUGAAGUGAGGCCGGCCCAUAUGGCAAUGCCAGGUGCAAAGGCUUCUGCGAGAGCAGUUGAAGGAGUGCAAGCGAGGUUGCGGAAAGCUUACGGCCCGAAGAGGCCUUCCUCAGACAUCCAAUUCUGGGAAAGCUGCCGCUGCCUCUGCCUCUCUCCAAUUUGAAGUGGCGCGAACGCCGCCACUGGGAAUCACACGUUUUAGCCUAUGUUGCCAGGGUUGGGUGUUGGAUGGUGU